GUAGUCUGGAUGCUAGUACUCCGUAAUGGUGUCGCUGUUCCAAGUUAAACAUACGCACCUCCAGAAAGACAGUUGUUGGUCUGCUUUUGCUUCAGUGUCUUUCUAUCGAAGAGAGAUCCCUUCAAAACUUUUAGAUGCAUCAACUAUGGAUAGUGCUGAAGAAGGAGAAAAGGAUUUACACACACAUCAAGAUGAAAAGAACAAUAAACAGGAGGAACAGAGUACUCCAAUUGGGGAGAAGCCCUUUAAAUGCGAUCAGUGCCCAAAGAACUUUAGCAGUAACAGUAGUCUUUACAAGCACAGAAGAAGACAUACAAGUAAAAAGGCUCAUUUGUGUAAAGAAUGUGGAAAGACCUUUAGUGAAGCAGGAACUCUGAGAAGACACACCACGAUGGUUCAUUUAGGAGAGAGACCUUAUGCAUGUAACCAGUGUGACCGCACCUUUAGUCUCAAGUGGGACCUUCAAAACCACAAAAGGACACAUACAGGAGUGAAGCCUUUUGCAUGCAGCUAUUGUGGAAAAUGCUUCAGUUACUCCAGAAAUCUUCACAGACACUAUAGAAUACAUACAGGAGAGAGACCUUACAAGUGUAAGCAUUGUGACAAGCAGUUCACACAAAAAGGAGGUCUCCUUAGACAUGAAAUAACACAUUUAUCAGACAAGAGUACAGCAUGUGUCAGGUGUUAUAAGAAUUUUCACCAUCCAGACACACUGCAGAUUCAUCUCAGGGUAGUACAUGGAGGGGAAAGGCCAUUUAAAUGUGAACAAUGUGGAAAAAGUUUUAAGCAGAAGGUACAUCUUCAGGCACAUCAAAGCAUACAUACAGGAGAGAGACCAUUUGCAUGUGAUCAAUGUGGAAUGAAGUUCCGUUUGAAAAGUCACCUCCAGCAGCAUUUUACAACUCACUCAGUGGAGAAACCUUUCACAUGCAUUCAGUGUGGCAAGAAUUUUAAACAGAAAGGCCAUCUCCAAGUUCAUGAAGGCAAACAUGUUGACACAAAUACUAGUUUUAGCUGCUAUCAAUGUGGAGAGUGUUUUCACUUUAAAUGUCAUCUCUAUUUACACAGUGCUCUUCACUUUUCACAGAAACCUAUCACCUGAACAGCAUAAUAAAAGUUCCUCUCAGGAGCAGGAUCUCCAAAGUCCUCAAGGUAUACACAAGGGAGAAAUUCUAUCAUGCUAGGCACACUAAACUGUCACCCUUUAUGACAUCAAAUGACAGCACAAGCAUAGCUCUCAAGACACUGGAGCAUGAAAUUUUGCCUUGACUAUGGAUUUUAUAAAUAAUUUAGAUGCAUGUAGGUGUAUUGUGAGAAACUUCGGCCUAAAAGAGGGAAGGACACUUGAGCCAUUGGAAUGUCUGGGAUGGCCGUAAAUUUUCCACUUAGACAAGUAAAAUAUGACCUUACAUGUCUGAUUACCCUAGGUUACAAAAUAAGUUAUGAUCAUUAUUCUGCAAUAUGGUUAUGUUGCACAAUGGGUGAAAUGUAAGGAUUUGUAUGGGAAUACACACUGAACCUCUCCACCUGAAAAAAUCUGAAUUAGUUUUAAAUGAAAACAAACUUACCCCACUUGAGUGGUUGUUGUCUUCCAUCAUGUGACUUUCUUCGGCUAGUUUAGGGCUGUUUAGCUUACUUCUAUGGUUCAGCAGCUUAGUGCUUUUUACAUUGCGCAUGUAAAGCUGGCAUUGAUGAGAGCCUGGCAAAUUCUUUGAAAAUUUAAUUGGCCAAAGAACAUUUGUCUACUACUGAGCAAAUGAGAUAUUUCAUGAAAUUUUAUUUAUAUGUGAAAAUUCGUUCCUUUACUUAAUGACGUCCGUGAAAAUAUUUGAUCCCUCUCUAUCCCAAGAGAAACCAAAUUUCUUUCAAAGUUACUGUAUGCUUUCAAACAGAAAGGUUCACAAGUAUCUUGAAUGGUUGCUUAAAAUAUUGAUUUGUGCCAUCAUCUCUUGCUCCUGAAGUUCUGGUUGGCUUUACACUUGAGAGAAGAGAGCUGUAGGACUGUACUCUUUUCUUCUUUCAAGGGAAUUUAAAACUCAAUUGGCAUCUUUCUUGAUACUUCCUGUAACAUGAAGGAUUGAAACCAUGGACUCUACUUUACUUUCACUUCAGUUAUGGACAUUUGUUACUGGAAAAAGCUAGAGAGAAAAAUUACAUAUUAUUUCAUCACUGUUAUAGUGAACGAUAACAUACAGUAAAUUAAAUUUCUGUCAGGUGCAUGAAAAUCAGUCAUCUCAUCAGACAGGGAUAGUUUCAAAUAUAAAGGAACAGAGACUCUUUUUAUUGUAAAACUGGUUGUUGUUUGGCUCCCUAUUGAAAUAAACAUAUUUUAAAACAUAAUGAAGCACGGAGUAUUUUAGUUCUCUUUACUUCGCUUUCAAUAAAUCUAUCAAACAUGAUGAAACUUUUUCCUAUGAUUAAAUAGAUGGAAAUUCAUCAAAUGGUUCACAUUGCCUAAGAAGGUUAACAAGGAAGAUGUGAUGUAAAAGUUAGUGUUAUCUUUUGUCUAAUAAUGCAGUCACUUCCUGAAUGAAUCACUAUUUACAAAAGACUAGAAGUACACUUACAUAAAAGCAUUAAUCACAAUGCAAUCCAUAUCAGUUGUGACUAAAUUAUGAGAUAAAUGAGAGUUAUUGUUAAAGUUCAUUGUAACAAAUAAUCACAUCCCUUUUUUAAGAUAACAAAAAUGACUGAUGAGUGUUAUUCUUCACCCUGUGCA